AUGCAAGAUGUUUAUCGACAGCAAAAUGAAGCUAAAACUAAAAAAAUUGCUGAUGAAUUUGCAAAACAAAAAAAAGAUGAAGAGGAAGCAAAAAGACGUAUUAGAGAACAGAUUGCAUUGGAUAAAGCUGAACGUCAAGCUAAACGACAAGCUGAAUUAUCAUUACCUCUUGAAGAUGUUAAAACUUGGAUUGAAGAGGAUCGAACAGAUGGAAAAGCUCCUUAUAAUUUAAUUCAAAAUUUUCCACAUCGUCAAUUCAGUAUUAAUGAUGAAACUAAAUCACUUAAAGAAUUAAAUCUUUGUCCAAGGUUUUCAAUGAUUGGAACUUUGUUGAGUUAUAUCAAUCCAUUUUACUAUUUUUAUAGUGGUAAUAGUCAACAACAACAGAGACAAUUUAGAAAUUCUAAUAAUGAAAGACAUGGAGUAGAUAAUAGCAAUGAUAUUAUUAUUGACUAUGAGAGAUAUGAGAGAUUAGCCAUCAACAAAUCAAGUGAAUCAAGUUCUGAGAAAUAUAGCAAUCAAAAGAAGGCGCAUACAAAGGGGUUUUUUGUAUUGUUAUUUUAUGUUUUAAAUGGUUAUUAUAAAACAUACACAAAAUUAAAAUUGGGAUAUUUUGAAUCUGAUGAAUAUCGCAAUUCACUACAUUCCAGGACAUUAUUAGUUACUCAUCUUCCAUCAUCUUUGCGAUCAGAUGAAGGAUUACGUAAUUACAUCCAUUCCAUUGACAUCAAGUAUCCUGUUUUAGAAGCACAUGUAGCAAGGAAAGUUGGUAAUUUGCCCGACUUGAUUAAAGAACAUGAAGAAGCUGUUAAAAAAUUAGAAGCUGUUUUAGCAAAAUAUUUAAAAGUGGGGUGGUGA